AUGGGCGCCGAAGCCUUGAGCGAAAAGGGCGCUACCGCUGCCAGCGAUGAGGCCCUCGCUGCUGCCGCCGCCAGCAAGGAGCCUGAGCCUGAUGUCCCCGAAGAGGAAGCUCCUUGGGCAGCAUACAAAAGAAUCUUCCGAUAUGCUGGUCCUCUCGAGUACUCCUUGCAAGCCAUCGCCAUCGUUGCUGCGAUUGCGUCAGGCGCUGGCAUUGCGCUCCAGAACCUCAUCUUCGGCCAAUUCAUCACCGUCAUCACCGACUUCACUACCGGUGUGAACACACCAGCCCAAUUUAUGGAUGAUGUUUCUACCCUGGCAUUCGUUCUCGCCUACCUCUACAACUCUCUUCUCACGUACGCUGCGUAUCGCAUCAUUCGCAAUAUCCGUCACGAGUAUCUACGCGCCGCCCUGAGCCAGGAAGUCGCAUUCUAUGACUUUGGAACAGGCGGCUCCAUCGCAACCCAGGGCACCUCCAACGGCCGCCUCAUCAACGGCGGUAUUGCCGAAAAACUUGGUCUUACUUUCCAAGGACUGUCUGCCUUCGUUACCGCCUUUAUCAUUGCCUUCAUCGUCCAGUGGAAGCUCACGCUCAUCUGCCUUUGCAUCGCACCCGCCACCAUCAUCGUCAUGGGUGUCAUCGCUACCAUCGAAGCUGGUCACGAGACGAAGAUCUUGGAGAUCUACGCCCAGGCCAAUUCGUUCGCCGAGGGCGUCCUCUCUAGUGCCCGUGCUGUUCAUGCCUUCGAAAUGCGUGCCAGGCUUGUGCACAAGUUCGACGAGCACCUCAUCGAAGCCCACAAGGUGGGUAGCAAGAUAUCCAUCCUGUUCGGUAUCAUGUUCUCUGCCGAGUACACCAUCAUCUACCUGGGCUUUGGCUUGGCUUUCUGGCAGGGUACUCAGAUGCUCUCGCGCGGCGAAAUCUCCUCUUCAGGCGAAAUCUUCACUGUCUUGCUUUCAGUCGUCAUCGCUGCCAUCAGCUUGACGACCCUAGCCCCGUACUCUAUUGACUUUAGCCGUGCUGCGUCUGCAGCUGCUAAGCUUUUCAGUCUCAUGGACCGCAAGUCUGCCAUAAAUCCAUUCGACAAGUCUGGUGAAGAGCCAGCCGAGACUGUCGGCCUCGUCGAGAUUGAGAAUGUCACCUUCGCCUACCCUACCCGGCCGAGCACCACAGUUCUCGAUAACUUCACCCUGCGUGUUCCUGCUGGCAAGGUGACCGCACUCGUUGGCCAGUCUGGAAGUGGUAAGAGUACCAUAGUCGGGUUGCUUGAACGAUGGUACAACCCCAAAUCCGGUACGAUCAAGCUUGACGGCCGUCCGAUCGAAACGCUGAACCUCAACUGGCUGCGCAAGAACGUCCGCCUCGUCCAGCAAGAGCCCGUUCUGUUCCAAGGUAGCGUUUUCGACAAUAUCAAACACGGCCUCGUUGGAACGCAAUGGGAGAAUGCUCCUGUAGAAGAGCAGAGAAAACUGGUGCAGGAAGCGGCCAAGAUGGCGUUUGCGCACGACUUCGUCUCUGAGCUGCCAAAUGGCUACGACACGCAAAUUGGCCAACGUGGCGGUCUACUUUCUGGUGGACAGAAGCAGCGCGUUGCUAUUGCUCGCAGUGUGGUAUCGCAGCCGAAAGUACUCCUCCUGGACGAGGCUACCAGCGCACUUGACCCGCACGCUGAAAGCAUCGUUCAACAGGCCCUCGAUAAGGCUUCCGUCGGCCGUACCACGAUUGUUAUUGCUCACAAGCUGGCUACCAUCCGCAAGGCCGAUAACAUUGUCGUCAUGACUAAGGGCCGCAUCGUGGAGCAGGGUACCCACGAGGCCCUUAUUGCCAAUGACGAUGUUUACGCCAACCUUGUCAAGAUCCAGAACCUCGCUGUCACAGACACAGACUCGACCUCGGACACGGAGAUUGACGAAGCCAACGCCUCCAAGGGUGAGGACUUGGACGUCUCCAAAUCACUGACUCGCUACGCAACAUCAGUCCAAGGGCGCAUGGAAGACCAGAAGGAACGUGACAACUACGAUCACCACAAGCAAAAGGGCGUGUUCUACGUCGUACUUCGACUCAUGCGCGAGUCUCCAGAGGUGUUCGGGGCGUACGUCUUCAUGCUACUGGGCUGCAUCGGCGCUGCUGCCGCAUUCCCAGGCCAGGCUAUCCUUCUGGCUAACGUCAUGGAUGUCUUCACAUUGACCGGCGAUGCCAUGAGGAGUCGAGGGUCAUUUUAUGCAACCAUGUUCAUCGUCCUCGCCGCUGGUUGCCUCCUCUCGUACUUCUCUCUUGGAUACUCAACCAACGUUGUCGCACAGUUUCUCAACCAUAAACUGCGAAAGCAAAGUCUUGCCGAUAUGCUGCGGCAGGAUCUGCAGUUUUUCGAUCGCACAGAAAACAACACGGGCGCCCUCACUGGCCGCGUCGAUUCGAACCCGCAAGCUAUUCUCGAGCUCAUGGGCUUUAAUAUCGCCCUCAUCCUCGUCGCUGUGCUCAACGUCGCGUCCUGCUGCAUCCUUGCCAUUGCGCAUGACUGGAACCUCGGUCUUGUUGUCGUCUGCGCUGGUCUGCCCCCUAUUCUGACGGCCGGAUACCUCAAAAUUCGGUUCGACGCCAAGCUUGAUCGCGACAUGUCGAAGCGUUACGCCAAUAGUGCCGCCAUUGCCUCGGAGGCUGUCAAUGCCAUCCGCACAGUGUCGUCCCUCGCUAUUGAGGAGUCGGUCCUCCAGAGCUACACUGCCGAGCUCGAUUGGGCCGUCGCGGAAUCCACUCGUCCCAUGUUCAUCAUGAUGGUGUGGUUUGCUUUGACGCAGUCGAUUGAGUACUGGUUCAUGGCGUUGGGUUUCUGGUACGGCUGCCGUCUGCUGUCAUUCGGCGACAUCAGCAUGUAUGACUUUUUCGUCGCCUUUCUGGGUGUCUUCUUCUCCGGCCAGGCCACCGCCCUUUUGUUCCAAUUUUCGACAAGCAUCACCAAGGGUAUCAAUGCAGCCAACUACAUUUUCUGGCUCCACGAAUUGCAGCCCACGGUUCAAGAAACGCCCGAGAACCGCAACCACGGUCCCAGCGCUGGCGGUCCUAUCGAGCUCGACAACGUUCGCUUCUCCUAUCCUCUUCGUCCGGAUGCUCCCGUGCUCAAAGGUGUUGAGAUGAACAUUCAACCCGGUCAAUUUGUGGCGCUUGUCGGCGCGUCUGGAUGCGGCAAGUCCACAAUGAUCGCCAUGCUCGAACGCUUCUACGAUCCGACGACCGGCACGAUCAAGAUUGCUUCCUCUCCACUGCCCACUCUGAACCCAAGGCUAUACCGUCGCCUCGUCGCGCUUGUCCAACAAGAGCCGACGCUGUUCCAAGGGACGAUUCGCGAGAACAUUGCCCUCGGCCUGGAUGAUGACCCUCUCGACGCCUCGUCGGAGAAGACCGCCGCCACAGUCCCUGACUCUCGAAUUGAGGUCGCACUCCGCGCAGCCAACGCGUGGACCUUUGUCUCGUCGCUACCACAGGGCCUCGCCACUCCAGCCGGCGCCAACGGCACGCAGCUGUCGGGUGGUCAGAGGCAGCGCAUCGCCAUUGCGCGGGCGCUCAUUCGUGACCCGGCCAUUCUGCUUCUCGACGAGGCGACGAGCGCCCUGGACACGGAGAGCGAGAAGAUUGUGCAAGGCGCCCUCGCCGAGGCGGCCAAGGCUGGAGACAGGAUCACGGUGGCGGUCGCGCACCGCUUGAGUACUGUCAAGGACGCCGACUGCAUUUGUGUGUUCUACGGUGGGAGGAUCGUGGAGAUGGGCACGCAUGCUGAGCUCGUGGCCCUGGGAGGCAUGUACAGGAAGAUGUGUGAGGCGCAGGCUCUGGAUUAG